GGCACGUGGCCCGGCCGCCAAUAUGGCCGCGCCCAGGCGGCUGUGCCGCUGCCUCCUCCUGCUGCUAAUGGCAAUGGCAAUGGCAAGAGCGGGGCCCUCCGGGACACCCGGCACCGGGGACUGCGGCUGCAGCGCCAGUCGGGCCGCCGGGGACGGGCGGGAGGCGGCGGCGCGGCGCUACUCGGCGGCGGGCAGCGGGCGGAGCGUCGGGCGCGGGCCGAUGGUGGCGAUUCCAGGAGGGGUGUUCACCAUGGGCACCCACGAGCCUGAAAUCCAGCAGGAUGGAGAGGGGCCCGCCCGGAGAGUCCACAUUGACAGCUUCUACAUGGACCAGUACGAGGUCAGCAACGAGGAAUUCGAGAGCUUUGUGAGUUCCACUGGGUACAUCACUGAGGCAGAGAAGUUUGGUGACUCCUUUGUGUUUGAGGGGAUGCUGAGUGAAGCAGUGAAGGCUGACAUCCACCAAGCAGUGGCAGCUGCUCCCUGGUGGUUGCCUGUGAAAGGAGCCAGCUGGAAGCAUCCCGAGGGCCCUGACUCCAGCAUCUCCAGCAGAAUGGACCAUCCAGUCCUUCAUGUUUCCUGGAAUGAUGCUGUGGCCUUCUGCACGUGGGCAGGGAAGCGGCUACCGACAGAGGCUGAGUGGGAGUACAGCUGUCGAGGGGGCCUUGAAAACAGGCUUUUCCCAUGGGGUAACAAACUGCAGCCCAAAGGCCAACACUACGCCAAUAUCUGGCAGGGAGAAUUCCCCACCAAUAACACAGCAGAGGAUGGGUACAAGGGGACUGCACCUGUCACUGCCUUUCCCCCCAAUGGCUACGGCCUCUACAACAUGGUGGGGAAUGCCUGGGAGUGGACAUCUGACUGGUGGGCUGUGCACCACUCCCCACAGGAAGCUCACAACCCUAAAGGGCCAUCCUCAGGCACGGACAGAGUGAAGAAGGGUGGAUCCUACAUGUGCCAUAAGUCCUACUGCUACAGGUACCGCUGUGCAGCUCGGAGCCAGAACACCCCCCACAGCUCCGCGUCCAACCUGGGCUUCCGCUGCGCUGCCGACACCGCCCCGGGGCCACGCUGAGCACAGGGAUGUGCCUCGGGCACAGGAAGGGCUGGAUCCCAGCCCAGGGAGAAGAAAUGUGAGCAGCAUCCCUUGCUGAUGACACAGAAUGGAAAAACCUUGCUUCAAGUUCCUGCUGGGGGAAGAAAAACCAGCACUACUCAACAGUGCUUGGAGAACCUUCAUGUUCAUGAGGAACCUGGCCUGGAUUUAAAUCCUGACCACAGUGUUUUGGAUUCAACUGGAACAAAACUGAGCAGAAACAUGCCAAUCAUGUUUUCAAAGAUUACUUAAUCCCAGAAUUACUUAGACUGGAAAAGACUUCCAGGAUUAUUGAGUCCAACCCUUGACUGAUCACCACCUUGUCAACUACAACAGCUCUUUUAGACAAGAUCUUUAUUAAUUAGUUUCUAUUUAUAUAGAGUUUCUACACUCAAAUGCAAUAAGCAAAGACUUUAUAAACUUCUAGACAGCUUUAAAAGAAAUCUGAGGCAGUUAGGAAAUUCUAGGCAGCUUUAAGAGAGAAUGAAGGAGUCAAGAGCGAGGGCUGGGAGAUGACAGCUCUCCCCACAGGCAGCUCGCACAGCCUGUUACAUUCCACUUGCAGUGAAAAUCAUGUCCAGAAAUGGGCUUCUUCUGGGGAGAUACUUGCUGCUCUUUAGGAAGUGCCUUCUGCAACUGAGGGUGAUGAUCCUCAGGGUGAUGAUGAUUAUAAAUCUUGUACAUAUUUGAAUAAAAUAUCAAGCUUUUGUUUA